AUGUACAGAAAGGGCACCGAGAGCGCUAUCGUCCUCGGUUAUGAGGAGAUUGGUCUCGGUCUCGCUAAGAAGCAUCAGAUCAACAUCAUUUUACGAGAGACAGACGUCAACAAGGCCUUUGAAAAGGUCUGGCAUGACGGUCUCAAAUACAGUUUAACACAUUUACAAUUCCAGACACAUCUCACGCACCUUCUAUGCAGCUUCCUGAACCACAGGACGGCCACAAUAACUGGGCUCUCACCUAGGCGCCCCCCUCUACCUCGGAAGUGGAAUACCAUUUCAUCACCAACACUUUAUAUCCUGUACACAGCCAAUCUGCCAUAA